GGACAUCAUCAAGCCUAGAAAAGCCUCACGCCCACUCCCUCCUUGCCAGCAAUUCUUUGCUACGGGGCUAAUUGUAUUUCUUUCCUUCCCUCCGUGUCCGUCUCAUCAUACAGCAUGCGGCCGCAGCUGUUCCGUGCGGCCGCCCGGUCUAUCCGGGGUUCGAAGGUCAACUAUCCCAGGACCUUUGCGACGACAGUCCCUCGCUCCGCCGAUGUGGAAUUGACAAUUGAUGGGAAGAAGAUCUCAGUCGAAGCUGGCUCGGCCCUAAUUCAGGCUUGCGAAAAGGCAGGCGCAACUAUUCCCAGGUACUGUUAUCAUGAAAAGCUUUUGAUCGCAGGAAACUGCCGGAUGUGUCUGGUGGAAGUAGAGCGUGCUCCCAAGCCGGUGGCUUCGUGUGCCUGGCCCGUCCAGCCCGGCAUGAAUGUCAAGACCAACUCGCCCCUGGUGCACAAAGCAAGGGAAGGCGUGAUGGAAUUUCUUUUGGCUAACCACCCUCUUGACUGCCCCAUUUGUGACCAGGGAGGUGAGUGUGAUCUUCAAGAUCAGUCCAUGCGGUAUGGUGCCGACCGUGGACGUUUCCACGAGGUUGGCGGCAAGCGUGCUGUCGAAGACAAGAAUAUCGGACCCCUCGUCAAGACGUCCAUGAACAGGUGUAUUCAUUGUACUCGUUGUGUCCGGUUCAUGAACGAUGUUGCCGGUGCCCCCGAACUCGGCACCGCUGGCCGAGGCAACGAUAUGCAGAUUGGUACAUAUUUGGAGAGAAACCUCGAUUCCGAGCUCUCCGGUAACAUUGUCGACCUCUGCCCCGUCGGAGCCCUCACAUCGAAGCCUUAUGCCUUCCGCGCUCGUCCGUGGGAACUGAAACACACCGAAUCGAUUGACGUUCUCGACGCUUUGGGAUCCAAUAUUCGUGUCGAUACCAGGGGUAUGGAAGUGAUGCGGAUCCUCCCGAGACUCAACGACGAUAUCAACGAAGAGUGGAUCAAUGACAAAUCUCGCUAUGCUUGUGAUGGCCUGAAGACCCAACGAUUGACGACGCCCCUCAUCCGUCGGGAUGGGAAGUUUGCGCCGGCCACGUGGGAACAAGCUCUCACUGAGAUCUCGUCUGCCCAUCAAAGACUGCAGCCCAAGGACAACGAAUUCAAGGCCGUCGCCGGCCACCUCGUUGAUGCCGAAUCGCUUGUUGCCAUGAAGGACCUGGCCAACAAGCUUGGUUCCGAUAAUCUCGCCUUGGAUCAGCCCGGCGGUAGCUCGCCUGUCGCUCACGGUGUCGAUGUUCGCUCAAAUUAUCUUUUCAAUUCGAAGAUCUACGGAAUUGAAGAGGCAGAUGCCAUCCUCCUUGUUGCCACGAACCCUCGUCAUGAAGCCUCCGUCCUCAACGCCCGCAUUAGAAAGCAAUACCUGCGCUCUGAUCUGGAGAUCGGACUUGUUGGACAAGAGUUCGAUAGUACCUUUGACUACGAGCACCUCGGUGCCGAUGUCGGUUCUUUGAAGGCCGCGCUCGCUGGGAAAUUCGGAGAAAAGCUUGCCUCUGCCCAGCGACCCAUGAUCGUUGUUGGUAGCGCUGCUGCCGAACAUGCUGAUUCCAAGGCAAUUUUCGAGGCUGUUGGUAGCUACGUGGAGAAGCACGCCAACUUCAACACCCCCGAAUGGCAAGGCUACAACGUCCUGCAGCGCGCCGCUUCCCGUGCUGCUGCCUACGAAGUUGGCUUCACCACGCCGUCGCCGGAAGUUGCUCAGACUAAGCCGAAGAUGCUCUGGCUUCUCGGCGCCGAUGAGGUUGCCCAGAGUGAGGUCCCUAGCGAUGCAUUCGUCAUCUAUCAAGGACAUCACGGUGACCGCGGUGCUCAGCUUGCGGAUGUCGUCCUGCCCGGCGCCGCCUACACUGAAAAGUCCGGAACCUACAUCAACACCGAAGGCCGCGUGCAGGUCACUCGGGCAGCAACCUCUUUGCCUGGCGCUGCUCGCGACGACUGGAAGAUUAUUCGCGCCACUAGCGAGUUCUUAGAUGCCCCUCUUCCCUACGAUGACAUCGAGGCUCUCCGUGAUCGCAUGGAGGAGAUCAGCCCCGUGAUGCGCCGAUAUGACGUUGUUGAGUCGACUAGCCUGGGUUCCUUGAGCAAGGUCCAAUUGGUCGACCAGAACAAGGGCACCACGCCAACUGACGCUCCUUUCCAGAGUGUCAUUGAGGACUUCUAUUUCACAGAUACCAUUUCCAGAAGCUCACCUACCAUGGCCCGUUGCUCGGCAGCCAAGGCUACCGGGAACCCCGAGACCAACUUCAUGGCCGCUGGUGAAAUGUCUCCCCAGGCUCUGUACGGUUAAUUCUUUUGGGGGUCCGGUGGUGGCGGUCUUCCCAACCUUUUCUUUUGAAUAAAAGAUCUUCUCUUGUGUGUUUUAUCUACUGGUCUAGGCGUUGUUGUUUGUAACACCUAAACAUAAAUUCGUCUAUUUGUUAUAACCGUUGUCUACCGUUUCUUAAGAGUGUCCCCGAAUACCCUUGUGUAUAAUCUACCUAUCACCAAGGGUAAACUUGUACAUAAGAC